UUUGAUUUUAUCCUAAGUAACUAGUCUACUUCAAUUCAUAUACUACCAAAAAAAAUAAUUUCUAUACAAGGACAAAAUUGGAAUUUAAUUGUGACAAAUACAUCUAAGCCUAAAGUAUAUCUAGGAAAGCUUCUUAAUUACACUAAACUAAAGGCAAUUAAAUUAAAGUCAAUUUUCCAUAAAAUAUGCCAACACAUAUCCUAUAAAAACCCUUCUUACACUAUAGCAAAGAGAUUAAGAUUCCUAAAUUCAAUUGCUAUAAUUUAACUCCAUAUACUUCUAUGUCCUCCAUUUCCACAUUCAAAUCUUAGCUUCCUUCCUCAACACCGCCUUCAGAUACAUUUGAGCUCGAAUUACUGUAUCGAAACUGCUGGAAAAGGAACUGAUAGACAAGGAUAAAUGAUGGUGAGAUCACCUUGCUGCGAUGAAAGUGGUCUAAAGAAGGGUCCUUGGACACCAGAGGAAGAUAAGAAGCUAGUGGAUUACAUUGACAGACACGGUCAUGGAAGUUGGCGAGCUCUCCCUAAACUGGCAGGCUUGAACCGCUGUGGUAAGAGCUGCAGGCUUCGCUGGACUAACUACCUUCGCCCUGAUAUCAAACGCGGAAAAUUCACUGAUGAAGAGGAGCAAACCAUCAUCAACCUUCACUCUGUGCUUGGCAACAAAUGGUCAGCAAUAGCAAGCCACCUUCCAGGGAGGACAGACAACGAAAUAAAAAACUUCUGGAACACCCAUCUGAAAAAGAAGCUUCUGCAGAUGGGUAUCGAUCCUGUAACUCACAGGCCGAGGACAGACCUGAACCUGCUAGCUAACCUCCCUCAGUUGCUCAUGGCUGCCAAUCUCAGCAACAGUCUCAUGAUGAACAACAGUACAGGCAAUGGAGUUCCUAAUUUGGAAGAUACUCUUAGGUUGAUAGACUCUGAUGCCACCCAACUCGCAAAAUUCCACAUACUAAACAAUAUGCUGCAGGUGUUAAGUUCAAGCAGCAGCAACCCACCUGCUAUAGCUUCUCAGAUUACAAGUCUGCUUUGUAAUUCAACCAUGCCCUUCCAAAACCCAUUGAACGAUAACCUACUUAGAUUGGCUAAUUCUCAGAUGGAAAACGGACUCACAGGUGCUAUCAGCAGUCAGUUCCCACCUUCAAAUCCUUUAGCUUCCAGCAGCCUUGAAAGUCCAGCAACUCCUCAAUUUCAACCAAAUUUCAAGCAUGGCCGCCACAGGAGUUAUACUAGUAAUGAAUAUCAUGAAAGUAAACAAACUGGUGUUGAAAUUCUUACACCCGACAGUUUAAUGCCUAGUCUAGCGCCCGCCUCACCAGACCACUGCAGCAAGCUAAUUAGCCAAAAGGGUAAUGCAAUAAUGUCAUCAAACCCUUCCUCAGCCACAACUACUGCAAAUCCCUUUGAAGCAGCUGCUGCUGACUGGACCAAUGAUCUUAUUGAUGAUGCUUCACACUCGUACUGGAGAGACAUUAUUGACCAAGCAUCCUCCCCUUCCUGGCCUAUCUCAUCAUAGAGAAUGUAAAUUUUGGUCAAAUAUAUCCAGAGAUGAAUAAUUUUUACAAAAGAAGAUUUUUAAAUUAGUGUAAUCUGUAGUGUUACAUCCGGACAAAAUAUAAUUGCUAUCAUAUAAAUGGAAGAAGACGCUUGUAUAAAAGCUAUGCCACUUCAUUCCGACCUGUAUGUUGUACUAUCUGAUUGCAGAUUAUAAUAUUGUUGAGAUUAGCAUUUUUUUGUUCUAUAGUAAAUCAAGCAUUCACAGUGCAUCAUUACUAAUGCAGCAGUGCCCAUCAGAUAACAUGGAAACAGGUCCAAAACAUAUACUGAGUACUGACAAUACUGUGGCCGGCUCGUGCAUACACAAGGGCAUGGAUGGGCAAAUAUUGGCAUAUGCUAGAUUGGGUGCAUCAUUUCUAGGUACUACCAAGCCGAGUGCAUAAAAUUGUUUGCAAUAGGUCCAUUUCAAUCAUCAAAUAAGAUUCAUUAAAACAGAACAUAUUUUUGUUA